AUGAUUGGCUCUAAUUACCACGCUAAAAGGAUGGUGAAAGUUCACGUAGCCCGUGCGCCUCAGAACACUUACUCUCCGAGUACCGCUUCUACAACGGUUCAGGAGGCUUCUGGACCGACACAUUCCAGUGUAAGCGUAUCGCUUCCCACUUCAACUGCGACGCUCGCGGGAGUUAUCUCGUUCCUGGGAGUUGCCUUGAUUAUAGUUGUCGGUAUUUACCUCUACCGUCGACAUAAAAACAGGAGCGUGUGGAAACGCAAAACGCCCGCAGUUGAAUUUGACCCAAAUGCGUUCACUGUCGAGAAGAAGGGUAUGCAGCAGCAGCAGCGAACAGAAAGCCCCAUGAUUCCCGUCCGCUCGCACACCUACCAAGCCAGCGUUGCAUCCAAGGACUCCGAUGACUCAAGCACCACCUCGGAGAGCGGUGCAGGCUGGAGGCCGCAGGCUUCUCCUGUCACCACAACCACGACUGCGACCACCCCCAAAUUCAGAGUGACGAACGAAAACAGAGGCUCCGCCCCGGCGCUGCCUAAGAUCCUCACGGACAAGAAGCGACCAUCCCGCGCGAAAGCGUGGACGGACUCGCUUGCUCUCUCAUUGGAUGACUCUCUCGUUCGUUCGCCUCCACCCUCGUACGACCUGGCCAAUUCGGCCGGACCUGAGUUUUUAAUACCCGUGCCGACGAUGAUGCCUGUGGAGAAGGGAAGGAGGGCAGCUCCGACGCCCCCGACACCGCCUGCGCAUAGUAGUAGAAAGUCGAUAAUGUCGGCAGUGGCGAAAGCAUCCUCGUCGAAGCCAUCGACACCUGUCACUCCCUUGUCCUCAGCAAGCAGUAUGUAUGUCCAGACGUUGACGGUGCCUGUGAAAAAAGACGACGAUGCACCCCCAUCAGUAUCAAGUCCUGCGCGAUCCGAGUCAUUCGCGCCAAAAGACUUGAUGAUGCCAUCUCCCCCAAGCUCCGCCACCACCAGCAAGACAAAGAACAACUCACCACCAAGCGCCAACCCGUUCGCUUCUUCAGAAGAUUCGUAUUACAGCGGAAAUACCUCUACCACCAGCAGCAGCAGUAGCAACAGUAACAGCAUUAAACACAAGACCCCGCGCAUGAUGCACGUCAUCGCGCACUACACCCCGACACUUUCUGAUGAGCUUCGUGUGCACGUCGGAGACACGGUCAAGGUGCUGGAAGAGUACAAAGACGGAUGGUGCUUCGCACAAUACGUAGGCAAAGCGGAUGCGCCGAAGGGCGUCGUCCCCUUGAUUUGCCUCGAGGAGAGACUGAGGAUGGUCCCUGUCGCUCAUAGCAGGUCGCCCAACGGGUCGCUUUCGAGUCUGUCUAGUUGGCGUCAUUAA